AUUGACACAUAUCAGUAUAAUCCACACACACAUUCACAUGCACACACACACGUUUGUAGGGGUAUAUAGGACCAGUCAGUAGGCUUGUUCAGUGUAUCUUCUCUCGUCCUACGUACUAUCACCAUGGCUUUCAGAUACCUAGAGACAAUCCUGCUUCUCUGCUGCAUUGUGACCAUGUUUAGUUCAACCUCAGCAGCAUAUGGUCCUCGGAAACUUUACUGUUGUGUGGAGUUCCAGGAGAAGCCUGUACCCUACACGCAGAUAAUAGGCUACAAACAACAGAGUUAUAAGGAGGUGUGCAACAAUGACGCUAUCAUCUUCUAUACCACGAAGAACAAGAAGGUAUGCGCCAGCAUUAAGGACGAGUGGGUGAGGAUGGCUCUGGUUCGUCUCAGCUCCAAACUGAAGAAGAUAUCCACAGCAACACUGUGAUGGCCCCCCCCCCCCAACCAACUGUGGAAGGAAGAUUCACCCACAGCGACACAACUUUUUCCAAUCGCAACAUCACCAGUAACAACCCCAUUGAGUAAUGUGGCCAAAUGAUGCAGAUUUAAUGCAUUGCAUAUCUGAGGUUUGCCGUUGUUGAUGAUUGUACUUUAUUCAUGCUCAAGCUUUCAGGUAUCUUCUGAACCCACAAUAUAAUCUAAUUAAGUUGAUUGCUUCAAUUAGUUAUAUUUUUCUGAUUUACAUUUUUUAUAUUUGUUUCUUUUAAGGCCUGCAGAAAUAAAUAUAUUCUAUUGCCUUGAUUAUUUAUUUUAGUCACAUUACCGUAAAACUAGAGCUGACAACUGCAUGGACAUUAGUUGUGAAAGUGAUUGUGAAUUGAAACAGUUCAACAGUGCAAAACCACAGAAACCAUCAUGACUUCAAAUGGCCUGUUGGGAAGAUGACUGUAUAUUUAAUCAUUUUGAAUCAUAUAAAGCCAAUUUAUUCAACA